AUGGCUUACUUUGGCACCAUACAGGUCGGGAACCCUCCUCAGGAGUUUUCGGUGGUUUUUGAUACUGGGAGCGGAAAUCUCAUAGUUCCUGGCAGUGAUUGCGCUAGCGAUGCUUGCACCAGCCAUCGCCGUUUCGACCACAGGAAAAGUGGUGGAAUCAAUCCAAUCAAUUGCGACGGCAGCAACGUCUCCCACGGGAUGUUGCCGGACGAAAUCACAAUUACAUUCGGCACUGGAAAGAUUACUGGUCAGUGUUUCACGGACUCCAUAUGUGUUGGGGCCGCAUGCUCUAAAGGCAACUUCAUCUCUUCUCUCGACGAAAGUUACACGCCGUUCGCAACCUUCUCCUUUGACGGGGUGCUGGGCCUCGCUCUGGACUCUAUGGCUCAGUCCAACGAGUUCAGCGUCAUGAGCCGUUUGCAUGGUGCAGGAGUUCUGAAGCAACCGCUCUUUUCGGUUUUCCUUUCCGACUCAGAUGAAGAGAAGUCCGAAAUCACCUUUGGAGCCAUCAAGCAGGAGCACAUGGCUUCAGAGCUCUACUGGGUGAAUGUGGUCGGAGAUGCAGGGUAUUGGCAGGUUGAAAUCCAGGACAUCUACCUCGGUGAGCAUCCACAGAAACUUUGCCAGGGCUGCCGAGUCGCCGUGGACACGGGCACUUCUGAACUUGCAGGCCCCUCAGACAUCAUCGCCAAGCUGGAGCAGCUUUUGGGCUCUGGACAUGAUUGCUCCAACAUUGAUGCCUUGCCGAAGCUUGGCUUUGCGGUCCGUGGGCCAAAUGGAAAGCCCAAGAUCCUGAGCCUGUCCCCGAAGGACUAUACAUCGGAGGGAUCUUUUGGUGGCUGCAACCUGUCCUUGAUGAACUUGGACGUUCCCCCGCCCAAGGGGCCGCUCUUUGUCUUCGGGAUUCCCUUCCUGCAGAAGUAUUUCACAGUGUACGAUCACGAGAAUAGCCGUGCGUGGAGCCUAGCCGCGUCUCCAUACUGUGCUUCCCCGGCAAGAGACCUUAAGAGACCUGAGAGGUGUCGGGGGUCUGUUCCACUUCCCAGCCUCCUUCAGCACCUGGGAGCGUGA